CUUAUCUUACCUUAGUAGUCAGUCAUUCAUUUCAUUCAUCUCUUGACUAAAAUAAAAUACAUAAAUAAUUUUAGAAUCUGACUAAAUAUUUUAAAAAUGAAAACAAAAGAAUCUUUCACUUAACAAACAAUCGAAGUAUUAAGUUCUAAAUGGUGUAGGCAAAAUAAUAUCUAAUUAUUGAUGCACCAAACUCGUUUGUUAAGUAUUAGUUAUUUAAUUUCGUAAGGACGCCACGCCUGUUAUGUGGUUGACCACAAGUAUAUUUGGAUAUAACAAAAUAUUCCGUGAAUCAUGAGUUGUAAAAAUUGCAGUACCUUAUUUUGUGUCUGAUUUGUGUUCGUAGUUUUUUACGAUGGAGCUUUUAUUGAUUUUAUCCGUGGUUGUCGCGGGAUAUGCUUAUGAGAAAGCAUCCUUCUAUGGAGCCAGCUACAUUUCAUACCCACUACAAGAGGCCAAGGGUGUGACCGACAUAAGUUUUCGUUUUCGCACACAUCUUGCUGACGCUCUUCUACUUCUUGCUGCUGGAAAAACAGACUAUUGUAUGAUACGUCUGGAAGGCGGCAGACUGAAACUACACAUUAACCUUGGUGCAGGCGAGAGUGAACUGUCGUCUGCCAAGGGAAUACACUUGAAUGAUUCGCAAUGGCAUCACGUCAGCAUCAUUCGCCGUGAAGCCAACCUUACUAUGAAGGUGGAUGAAUCGGCAGUUAAGAAAAGACUGCCAGGGCGUUUCUUUGAGUUAAACAUUCAUUUCGGUAUCUUCCUUGGAGGCCAGGGUGACUUCUCCGAGCUAUUCUUGGGACACAUGGAAAACUUCCGUGGUUGCAUGGAAGAUGUGUACUACAAUGGUGUAAAAAUCAUUGAGAAAGCUCGCAGCCGCUCCGGCUCAGUCCACGUGGAAGGUGUGACGUGGAACUGCGCUCCAGAGUUCGAUGCCGACCUUAAUUCGGACAUUAGUUUCGUUGAUGAGGGGGCCUAUCUUAUACUGCCGAAGAUAAACUCUAGAGCUGGAGGAAAGUGGCAAAUAGAAUUUAAAACUAUAGCGCAGAAUGCGAUUAUUCUUUACAACGCUGGCGGUGGUCGGGGCUCUGAUUUCCUGGCUGUAGAGAUCUUAGAAGGAGUGAUACGGGUCAAAAUGGCCCGCGGUCAGAUUGUACAUACAGUGAGAGUCAAUGAUGGGCAGUGGCACAAAAUGCACCUGUCUUUCUAUCCUUCCAUGAUUGAGUUGACCGUUGACAACAUAGCGAUGCACACGCGGAUUGAGAGCGGUGGCACGAGGUACUUGGAUCUGUCAGACUCGUUCUACCUCGGGGGUAUAGACAGUGAGAAGCAGCAGAGAGCCUUCACGAAAGGCAUCAAAGCUGCUGACUCUAGUAUCAUGGGUUGCAUCAAGCCAAUAGAAGUGGACGAGAAAAUCUAUGGGCUCCCAAACGCCGUAGUAACUUACGGCGUGAGUCCUAAGUGCGUAUGGUGGUACCCUUGCCACUUGAGUCCUGGUAACCCACCAUGUGUACCUCAAGGCGUUUGCGAACAACACGGCGUCGACCACUUUACAUGCAAAUGUGACUCCGAUCUGUGCAUCAAUCCUGAUUACGCUGAAAAGUAUAAGAUAUUUUCAAAAUCAAGCAGUGAAUUAGAGCUUGUAGCACUGUUUCCCCUAACUGUGCAAGAAGGGGGUGUCUCAGUGAUAACCACACAGAAUAUAGAUGUGGUUCUCGACCACCACAAGUACGGUGUACGCCCGUCAGGCGUAGUCCUACACGUCGCUCAGUCACCACAACACGGCAGGAUAGCCAUCGACCUCUCUCUACAAAGAAAUUCGCAACAGUACAACUUUAUUGAAGGAGAAACGAAAUCCAAACAGUUCUUUACACUGCUUGAUUUAUCUCGGGAUAAGGUUCGUUACGUUCAUGAUGGUUCAGAAAAUCAUCAGGACGCGAUUGUGCUGGACAUGGAACUGAUUCCUGAAACAAAGUUCACAUUGCCAAGCUAUCUUCAAGGAAGAAAUACCUUCGUGUUACACGUCAACGUCACGCCGGUCAACGACCCGCCAGUGCUAAACUUAUUGCCAGGCAAAGUCUUGAGGCUGACUCAGGGCACACGUAAGGUGAUCACUUCAGAUAUAUUGAAGGCUGAGGAUCCUGACACAGCGCCCGAAGAUCUCUUGUACACUGUGCUACAUGGCAAGAAUGAAGCUAAUAGUGGCCACAUUGAAAUGUCCGGUCAACCGGUAGACUCCUUCACUCAGCAGGACAUUGAUUCAGGAGUCAUAUCUUAUGUACACGGGACCACAAACGACAAGCAACUCAACAAGACUUCGCUUAGAUUAACUUUACAAGUAUCCGAUGGUAUCGAGACAAGCGGACCUGGUAUCCUACGAAUAUCUAUAGUGCCGCUACAAGUACGGCUAGUGAACAACACGGGACUGCAGUUGGUGCACAAUUCCUACGCAAUCAUCUCAGCCGACAACCUUACCUUCACGACCAACGCUGACGAAACAAACGUACAAGUGAAGUACGACAUAGUGAAGCCGCCACAGUUUGGCGUGGUGGAACGUCUACGAGUACUGGACGGUACCUGGCAGACCGUGGACUCGUUUACCAGUGAAAUGGUGACGUUUGGUCGGGUGCGAUAUAUGCAUCUACUUGGAAAUCCUUCGCAUGACGAGUUUAAGUUCAAAGCAUCAGUGGGAUCGAUACGUACGAACACACUUUACGAUUUUCGACUAACGUUUAUAAAACUCGAACUGUACCAAUCAGUGAACGAAGAACUAGUUCUUAAUAACACGAGAGAGGCUUUCAUAUCGUCUCAGCACCUUACGUUUAAGACUAACCCUCUCGCACUACCGAGCGACCGAGUCGUGUACACCAUACUGAGACCUCCGAAGUACGGUAUAUUGCAUUUAUCAUCAGGGAAACAUCACCUACAAAUGCAUAGUACUUUCACACAGCAGCACAUUGAUACAGACCAGCUCUGGUAUCGACUACAUAGGAGAGCGUAUUCCCACAUCCAAGACGAGUUUACCUUCGUAGUGGGAGCCACAGAAUGCAAGAAUAUCACCGGUGUGAUGACAAUACGACACACGCCAGGCUCUCCUUCAUCUGACAGGACGGAAGGCCGAGUUCACACUACAUUAGAACGGCUUCAAGUCACUGAAGGUUCUAGAAUGGUCAUACCAGCCACACACCUCAAUUUCCGCACAGAUGCAGUUACUAACCUAAUAUUCAACAUCACACAUUUACCGAAACACGGAAAAAUCGAAGUAAUCAACGAUAUCCUAAAAGUAGCGCGGGAUAACACGACUUAUUUUACUCUCGAAGAACUGAAUUCCGACAGAGUGUAUUACGCUCACGACGACUCUGAGAGUCGACACGAUUCGUUCCAUUUCAUGGCUCUGAGUCCAGAACCUGAAGACUUCCAAUACGUUGGAGUGUUCCACAUCGACAUUAUACUGAAAAACGAUAACAGUCCUGUCAGGGCUAACGAUAAUGUAUUUCACAUCGUCCAUGGAGGAGCGAGACUAAUCACUGCACGAGAUUUGAGCUACACAGACGCAGAUUUAGAUACAAAACCAUCCGAUAUUAUCUACACAGUUCAAAGAUACAUCAAAGAUCCUCCGAACGGUGGAAUAUUCCGCGCAGACAAUCCUUCGGAGCAAAUAGCGCAGUUUUCUCAAGACGAUAUCAAUAAGAACUUGGUGUUGUUCAAGCAUCAAGGUAAAGAGUACGGUAAAAUGGCCUUCUGGAUAUCGGAUGGGUUGUUCGAUGUUAACGGUAACUUAGAAAUACAGGCGUCACCUCCUUUUAUAAGAAUGUACCCAAGCAACGGAUCGAUUGUCGAAAAUGGGAAGGCUGUAGUUAUUACCUCAAGAGAUAUGCAGGUUGAUACCAAUAUGAACUGCUUAGAAGAGGACAUUCGUUACGAAAUCACCUUGGAACCGAAACACGGGACUAUCGAGGUCGGAGAGGGGCAAGGAGCGUUUACAUUCACACAGCUGGAUGUGACAGCCAGCAGAGUUGCCUACAGGCACAGGGAACCGAAGACUCCUACUGAUCAAUUCAGAUUCAAAGUGAUGUGUCUGGACACUUGGGGCGAAGGUGUGUACGUGAUAAAGAUAUUUCCGUCCAGUUACUGGGAACCGUUGCGUGUCACUACUAAUUUGCCGCUGGUGGUCGAAGAAUCCACCAGUGUUAAUGUCACUAAGGAUAUUUUGGAGGUAAUGCAUCCCCAAAUCGAACCAUCAAACAUAGUAUACCAAGUAACAGACGGACCUUAUCACGGGUGGCUCGAAAUCACCACCACACCGGGCACUCUAGAGCUGGAGAACUAUAACGAAGAGCCAGUGCACAUUAAAGUAUUCGACCAAUCGAUUAUUAACGCAAACCGGCUGGUUUACGUCCAGUCAGGGGUUAACCGGACACGGGACAGAAUCCGAAUGGAUGUGACUAAUGGAAUUGUGUGGCUUCGUGACGUAGAGCUGAACGUGGUUAUCAUACCUGAACAUUUCUACGUGUAUGCCUUCAAUCUCACCGUCGUCGAAGGCGAAGCUGUGAGCGUGAAACCAGAUUUGUUCAGAACGAUUACAGAAUAUUACAAAGGAAAAGUGGUUGCGUACAAAGUAGUUGAGAAACCGAAGUAUGGUAAAAUUGUGAUGGCGGAUCAGGAAUUGAAUUUGUUGCCUGUGUUGAAACUGAAUUCUGGAAAUAUUCAGUACAUAAACGAUGGGUCAGAAGAAUCAUCAGACGCGUUCAAGUUGGUGGCUAUGACAGAGAGCAGUAAAGAGAGCGAGCCGUUCUACGUGCACGUAAACAUAGCGCCCGUGAACGACGAGCCGCCGAUCGUGGCGGCCAACACUGGGCUCUGCGUGUGGGAGGGAGGCACCUUCACAUUCACCACCAAAGAGCUUUAUGUGAAUGACAUCGAUACUCCUCCCGAGAAUGUAACAGUGCGUGUAGUGGACAUCGUAUCUGGAUACAUCGCCAUGCAGGGCAACCUCGACACCGCUGUACAUCACUUCACCCAAGCUGACAUUGAUAAGGGAAAAGUUGUGUUCGUCCAUAAAAAUGGCACAAAGGGUAAAAUGAUCUUCAACGUCACUGACGGGCUACAUGAGCUAUCCAAGAUAACAUUCCUAAUAACCACCAAGUCAGUAUCACUUAAACUAACAAGAAAACAUAACAUGAAGGUGUUCCCACUCAUGAGAGAACCUUUGAACAACUACAUGUUAAUGUCUAAAUGCUCUGAUCCUACGAGGACUAUAAUAUACAAGAUAGAACGAGCUCCUACGUUGGGCAGGCUUAUAAUGCUGAACGGGGAAAGCCAUCACAGAUCCAUAAAGCAGUUCACCCAACAAGAUGUCAACAACACAGUCGUGUUCUACGAACACACACAUCCAUUCUCAGAUUUGUACACGAACGACUCAUUUAUAUUCACCGUGGAAGCACCUCUAGCAAAACCGCUCACUGAUCAAAUCUUCAACAUAGACAUUUCUGUGUCAUCCGGAGGGCUCGCGAAAUACGUCAAUAUACCUCCCAUAAAGGUGCAGGAAGGAGAUAAAGUGCCAAUCAAAGUAAAUGUUAGUAAUGUUAUCACGUAUUUAGAAACGCAAGCUGGGUUGAGGCAGCCUCAGAUCGAAGCUCAGUGGUCGCAGCCCUCACACGGAGAACUGAAACCUUUCAUGACGUCUUUAACCCAGUCUCAAAUUGAAAGUGGAGUCGUGAACUAUGAACACGACGAUUCGGAUACAACACAGGACAAAAUUGAUAUGGCCUUGUUCCUUCUGCCUGACUAUGUCCUUCUAUGUAAUGUGAGUAUCAUCAUACACAUCACCCCGGUGAACGACCAACCGUUCCGCCUACUCACUGACACGCCACAAAUACAAGUGGUACAAGGCGAGAAUUACACUAUCACCAAAAACGAUUUACUCACCGAAGACGCUGAUACCGGUCCGGCAGGAAUUUUCUACGAUAUUAUAAGCGGGCCAACGCAAGGCAGGAUGGUGAUGUUGGAUAAAAAUCAAACAAUAGACGAUGCACAUUCGAUCAACAAGUUCACGCAAGACGACAUAAACAACGGCAGAGUAAUAUAUGAACAUUCUGGAAUACUGCAAACAGCUACGUUCUAUUUUAGAGUGUGGGACGGACAGUUCAAGCCUACGUAUACAGUAUUUACUAUUGAUGUAAUUCCAGUAAUUCUUAAUGCUACGUCGUUGCAUCCGAUAUACUUGCAACAGGGUUCUAAUGUAGCUGCAGUUACUACAGACCAGAUAUACGUGGACACCAAUGCAAAGACGUCAAAAGUUCUGUACAACAUUACUCGACAGCCGCUCCAUGGCAUGGUGUAUGUCGGUCGGAACCCAGUGUCGUACUUCACACACAAAGAUUUGAUGGAGAAAGUCGUGAUUUACAUGCAGAACGACAUGACGACUGCGAACGAUAGCUUUGAUUUGAUUGCGUACGUGCACAAUAGUAACGCGACGCGGCCUUUUACGAUAGAAGUUAUUGUACAGCCUUUGAUGACGUUGGGCGACUUGCGAGUUGAAGUGGAAAAGGCCAGGAUCACACUCCGUACAAUGGAUGCGAGUGGACUGGCGAAGCUCACAGCCAGUGACCCUGUGUAUACUUUACUGAGGAAACCUCGGUUUGGGACACUUAAGAAGAUAAUCCGAAGUUCAGGGGAGAAAACUAGUGCUAGGGAAAGAGAAGUAGCAUAUUUCACACACGAAGAUGUGAAAGCGGGUGUAAUAUACUUCGUAACUAAGAAGAAAGUGCACGAACUGAAUGGGUUCGAGGAUAGCUUUAGGUUUUUAUUGGCCGCGACAAUAUUCCAGCCAGCGGUCGGUGAUGUGAAGAUUAUUAUAGGCAACAGACAGAAGAAGAAUCUGCCUGGUCCUAACGAUCCUGAGAGUCAUGAGGGAGUUCCUGUAGCCAAUGGCGAAGCAGCCUCGUACUACAUGAUGAUCCUGAUGGCUCUAUCGGGCACUGUCCUCGCAAUAGUGGUGAUAUUCGGCCUGUUGAAGUGCAGGAGAUAUGUCAUGCGGGACCAGAACGCUCUUGUGAAGAUCCACGGCCAGAGUCAGGGUGCGGUCGCUCCCAUACCACUGCCGAGGCCGCCUGAGCAUCUAAUGCCUUCGCCUUCACAAGGCACUCCGCCCAUAAAACGCUACGUGUCGUCUGAGCAGUCAGUCCACACUGGUGCGAGCACGCCGCUUCCAUCAGGCGGCAGCGUGGCUUGCAAGGUGACUCCUCUAGCCGACGCCGCGCUGCCCGACCUCAACGCCAGGUAUCCUUAUGGAACCGACGACCAUACUGAUUACGGGUCGUUACAGGCAGAAGACUGGAGUAGUUACGAGGCGAGCGAGUCUGCGUACCCCGUGCGGGCGACGGGCGUGGCGCCUUCGAACCCAAUGCUGCGGCGCAACCAGUACUGGGUCUGACCCAAGGACACCUUUACCCUGCCGAGGUCGACCAGGCCAGUAACGGUGACAGCGUACGAUAGAUCGGUGACACUGAACCGUCGCCUGCGCCGCCGCGGCAUCGAUUUAGUUCCUACUCCUUUUCUACUCAGCAACUACAACGGUAAAUAUGAAAGUUGCGAAAUUACCCUUUAAGAAUACCAAUACAAUAGAUUAUUCUCCGUUUACUAUAAAAUUGUAUGCCAUUCCGAAUUUGUCUAGAAUUGCUUGAUUCAUGUGAAAAUGACGCAAUCAUGUAAACACAGUAUACAACUGUAUAAUAUCGAUAGAAGUAGAAAUAUGUUAUACAUACUCUUAAUGCCAUUUAGAUAAGAACAGAAGCUAAACGUAAAUAGUCCAUUACUUCUUUACUACAUCAAAAGCCAUACAUUCAUUACAGUAACUAUUUUAUACAUACCCAAGCUAACUUUACGUAUCUGUAUAAAUAACUGUAAAACGUAAUCGCAUUUAAGUAAGAAAUUAAUGAAUUUGUUUGGUAUCUGAUGGCUUUACUGUGUAUGGUGACGUAAGUUACUGUUUGGUAAUAUACCAGUUUUAACUGUCAGGCUCGUACAUGUCCCAGAGUAGUAGUAUUUUCUGUGUAUGUAUUGUUGUAAUUUCUAUAUAUAUAUAUAUAUAUAUAUAUAUAUAUAUUUCUAUAUAUAUAUAUAUAUAUAUAUAUAUAUAUAUAUAUCUAUCAUUGUCAUAAUAUCAGCCACAAAACGUUCACUGAUGAACAUGGACCUAUGGGUGUCACCAGUUAGGUGUCGGUACAUGUAGGUAUGUAGCCUACAGACCUAUUAAAAAAACUUCAAAAUCGACGGAUUGGACGCGAUCUUGUAUGCAGUUACCCUUAACCUAACCUUACCUAACUUUCUUUACUUCCCCGAAUGCUUAGGCUUAUUAAAUAUAACAUCAUUAGCAGUCUAUUAUUAAUUUUAAAUAUACAGUUUAUCACUUAUAGACUAUCCGACCAUGUUUGACUAGUUGGUCUUAUAGUAAGCUGCGCAACGUUAGUCAACGUAGUACAAGAUUAUGAGCCCCGGGGUGGCUCGAAACUAGUCGAGCAUUGUCAAAAAGUUUCCUCGUAAACUGUAUAUUUACAUUUAUUUAGAUUUUAGAUGUUUCACUGUAAUUAUGAGACCCAUAUUGAUAUUGUUGAACUCACUUGAACUGAACGAGGUUGUUUAAUUAGUUGGUCUUAGAGUUAGCUGCGCGACUUUGUUCGCAGCGGACGCUACUCGUAAUAUGAUUAUAAGCCCUCAGUGGCUUGAAACUGAUCGAGCAUCCUCGAAAAGUUUACGUGGUUCGUGUAAUUUUAUUAUUUUAAAAUGUCCCAUUAUACCUACUUCUAUUACUAGAUUGAUCUCCAAGUGGUCAUACCUACGUCUUCUAGCAAGAGGUAUGUAUAGAUCCGCUGGUAGUCAAGUCAGAAUUUUACUACACUUUUCUAUGUUGGGUAUUUUAGAUCAUUGUUGGACCUGACUGUGAAACAAGUAUAGGUGGUCACCUAUAAUCUAUCUCUGCGUUCAAUCAGAUUUAGUCAGUAGCGAGAAAUCUAUACAAAAAUAAACAUCCACACUCCCUGACAAACUAUUUCCUUCAUAAAUAUAGAAGGAGUACCAGUUGAAAGAUUCUUUCCUGCAUCAGUAAACGUCUUUUGGCUGAUAAUGAUGAUAGAAGUUACCCUACAAAUUCUCUUUAAACUCUCCGAUCCCCUAUUGACUGUACCAUGUACUUAAUUAGAAUACCAUUUAUCUCCUUAUUGUGGCCAUUGAUGAUUCCGCAGCACAAUGGCGUCUUGUAGAAAUAGCUAGUUGGUAGGAAAAGAGAUUGUUACGUCACAUUAGCAAAGGUUUUGGACGGUAAAUAUUAUUUAUUUAGUUUCAAUUCUGGUAUGCUCUAUGUAUGUGUUAUCCAGUGCAUUCAUAUUUGGUGAAUGCUAUUCACAGCUUGCAAGUACCUUACGAACAGCGCACGAGCAUUUUUGUACAAACGUCGCCUGCGCACUUUGAUUGGAAACAAUUUUAUAUUGAUGACAUUAAUAAAUUUCAUAGUCUUGUACGUUUUAAAUUGUAUAAAUUGGAUGCCGUCCAGCCUAAGCAGAUUGCGAACUAACAAUCAAAUGUGUGAUCCGAAGAUAAAAUGACGUUGUAGUCAUUUUAAAAUGAUCAAGUUGCACUCUUGGUCGCUCCAAUACGUGAUUAAAUACUUGCCAAAUAAGAUAUCGCAUGAUAUCUUCACUUUCUUUCUUUGAAUUUUCUUUGUACAUUGUUUUUUGUAGUUCAUUCAAUUAUGGCAUUUAAAACAAUAAAAUAUGCCAACUAUAUGUAUCACUCAAGUAUUAUCUUCAUGCUAAAGCAAUACAAAUCAAAAUCGUUUGGAUAAACGAUAAAUCAUAUUUAUUUUAUUACAAGCAAGGAAAUGUUGUGAUCCCGAUUCCAAAGCAAUUUAGUUAGACUGUAAAUAGUAACCAUGAAACGAAUUCAAAUUAAAAGUAAAAUUUUGAUAGUUGAAUCUUAAAGUAUACAUAGAUAUUAUAAUGAAACCUCAUGUACUUCCAAUGUUAGACUACUUUAAUAUAGAACAACGAAAUAAAGCACAAAUAUCUACAAAUGACACUGUGACACUCAGUAUUAUGGUUAAUAUGAACCUUGUUACUAAAGCUAUAAGAGUGAAACUCAGUGUGCGUAUCGUAGGCACGUCCCGUAUGCGAUUCAAAACGUCGUAGGUAGAAUAGGGAUUGAAAAUUCCGUCAGUUAGGUAAUGAAAAAAUAUUAAACACGUAUUUUUUUUCUGGUAUAAGAAAACAAAACAUAUAUAAAACGAAUCAAACUUUAGAAAUGGAAGCUAACUACGUCAUUUCUAAGUAUAAAACGUAAAAUAAAUGAGGUUACGCGAUAUUUCAAAUCAAUAUAUCGUUGAACGUUUUUUUUUUUAUGAGACAUCGACAUGUAAUCGAGCAGACGUAUUAUCUGAUGGUAAGCAAUUGCCGCCGCCCAUGGACACUUGAAACACCAGAGGCUCUACAAGUGCGUUACCGGUUUUUUGGGAGUUAGGAAUUUAAGGGUUGUUGUUCGGGAAUGGGGAUGGGGAAGAUUGGGAAGGGGGAAUUGGGUCUCCGGUAACCUCACUCAUACAACGAAGAAAAUUAAAAUACGUGUCUAAUGUUUUAAAAUAAUCUACCAGACGGACGUUGAAAUAGAAAUUAGCCAUGUACCCUAUUCAAUAUUUUUGUUAAACUGCAGUAUUAGAUUUAUGGAUACCGACCUAUUCUAAACCAAACACCAAAGUAAUAUAGGUAUUGUAGUAUUCAUAUUAUCACUAUGUACCAACUAUUAUAGCUUUAUACCCACAUGUCUGUUUCUGUCGAUCCCUGCUUACAAACAGAUAUAAUUUCAAAGUAUGUUCUUAGCAUAUAAGGAGUAUAUUUUAUUGCCUCUCCUACACAUUAUAAUUAUUACAAUGUUAGAAUGAUCUUGUUUUAGAAAUAGAUACAUAUUUUGAAUAUUGAAUAUUAUUUAACGCGGUUUUCUUGAAUAUUAAAGGUUAUAUAGAAUAAAUUAAUUUUCCCUGUAAUGUUGUUACUGAAUGAAUUGAAAUACACAUUUUAUUCACUUAGAUUCGUUGACUAUGUUCGACUAGUUGAUUGGUAAAGUUCGCUCGAGUAUUUCAAACGAUUAUGAGCCCCGGUGCGUCUUGAAAUUAGUCGAGCAUCCUCGAAAAGGCUACAUUAGUAUUUUCCUUCACCCUAUAUAACCUGAUAUACUCAAGAAACGUCUCCACACACUUACGAUUGCCAAAUCAAGUGCCAACAAGCAUUUUAUUAUAUACAAAUUAUUUUUAAGCGUCAUUUAUCAUUUGUUAGAGAAUUUAGAUUAAGUCUAUUUACAAUAUAACAAAAUCUAUUAGAAUCUUUAAUAUUUUAAUUUAAGAAUCUAAUUAUAACUUGAUAUAUAAGUUUAUACUGUUAUUGCAGAUGUCUAACUGAUGUUAUACAUUAUAUAUUAUUAUACUAUAAUUUAAAAGUAAGUUAUGUCGAAUAUAGACAAUGUUUUCUGUACUUAAAUAUUUACAACACACAUGUACGUUUUAAGGAAACUUCAUUUAUUGAUGUCCUUCGAUAAUUAAUUCGUUCAACGGCUAAAUGGACUGAUAAUUAAGUAAAUUUGAUUGGCUUUUUAUCCAUUUAAAGAGAUUUAGUAGCCCUGCAAAUUUUUAUGGAUGAAAAAUGGAAUGUUUAACCAAAAAUAUUACUUAAAUCGUAUAAUUAUGCAAAAUUAAGGCGUACGUACUACAUAGUGUAGAAUGCGUUUUAUACGUUAAGUGUAACUAAAUACUGAUUUAGCUAGAACUACCAACCUUGUUCCAAUGUGCCAAAAGUCCCCUUGAACAUAAGGAAUUGAAUCGCACAUAGAUUAGAAACAGAUUUGUAUGUCGUCGCAUGCACAUAGUUAUAGUUUGUUGCUCUGUACAUUAAAGUGCCUAGUUAAGUACAAUAUUACCUAUAUUUAUAACGAAGAAAUUGUUUAAAUAUGCUCUCAAAGAUACAUUCGGCCAUUGCAAUGGAAACUAACGAUUUCACACUUAUAUAACUGAGCAAUAUCGAUUGGCUAUUGCCAGCCAAGCCCCUUGGAUUGCUGGUACCAUGAACUAGCGAGCAAUUGCCCGACGACUGAUAUAUUUACAAUAAUAUUUAUAUAUCUAUAGUGAUGUUAUACUGAGAAAUGUGUCUAUAUUUUUGUAAAGGAGCGAACUAGCUGUACUGUGCAUUAUAGAAACUGUUUAAUCGGUAAUUGUAGACUUUAAAGGAUGAUUCGUAUACAGUUUGACCUGUGGGCUAAGGCUGGUGAAACGAUAACUGAGUCACAAACUGGUACAAAGCUACAUUGGAGACGUGACUGCAUGAAAUCUUGUCAUUAAUGCUGACUAAAGCCACUUUGAGAGCCUCUAAAUACAAACACAUCCAACUUAUAUAUUAAAUGAUUUCAAAAACUCUUUGCUCUUUCGUGCCAAAUUCGCGCAAGUGAACUAUUCAUUUGAUCUGUUAACUAUUUUAUACCAAAUUUUCCUAUUACCAAUAGUACCUUCAGGCAUGCACACAAAGAAAUAUUGUAAUGUAUGUGUAAUUUGUAGUACCAUCUUGGUUUUGCUCGUAUUUAUAAUAGAAAAGUAAAUGAUUAUGACAAUAUGAUGUAUUGGUUGAUAUUUCAACAAUAGAUGUUGAAUAUCUUAUUGUAACAACAUAGUCGAAUAUAGGGUCAUAAUCAUUAGAAUGUUGGCAUUUUAAAUUGAAUAGGCUCAAGGCUCACUGAAUUAUGGUCGUUUGUCGAUUAAAUGUGUAUUUUUGUCACGUUGUUUUAAGACUAUAGGUCUAUUGAGUUCUGAUUGCUUAUAACUUAUUCAUUUUCAAAUCUUAUAACCUAGUUUAAAGUCAGUUAAACAUCGUCCAUAUACUAGAUUUUCAAUUACUUUUUAGUAAUAAAAAUACACAUUUAAUUGUUUAGUAGGUUAAAUUACGUGCGAAAAUAAUUCGGUACUUUUUUAAAAAUGGAUAGCAAUUAUGCUAUACUAGCAGCUAACAGUACUAAGAUAAUAUUAAACACAUUUUUUAUAAAAUAACAAACAUAAAAAAAUAUUUUUGAAUAUUAGAUUUCGCAUCUAUUUUAAAGUAACGAACCGAAGGCUAUUUAAAGAAAAUAUGUAAUGAAGUAAAAUAGAUUAAUGUACUUAUGUAAAAGAUUAACAAUAAUUAACAGUAACUCGAUGAAAUGUCUGGUCUUAAAGAUAAUACUCAAUUUUAUAAAGUAAUGAUCAUCUCAUCUAUCAAAUUAUUUUAUACAACCAGACAAUGAAAAGACAGCCGUUGUUUAAGUUACGUAAUGUAUUUGUAAGCUGGUUAUAUAGUUGAACUAGGGCAGAAUUAACAUCACACAUUUUGUAUCGUGCCAUAAUAUUAUUAAAUUCUAACAAGUUGCAUUUUGUAUGAGUUUGUUAGGUGCGUGGCGAUGUGCAAGUCACGUAUAUUAAUUUUUACUGAUACAGUACGCUUUCGAGUCUAUCAGUAUCAAGCGAGAAUCUAGAUUUUUUAGUAAUUAUUUGCUUCAUAGAAUAGACUCUCUCAUGCCUUGGUACUAAUGGACUCGCCCGCGCACUGUUCGUAGUUAAUGGAUUUUUAAUAAACGAUUUAAUAAACUA